UAUCCGCUCCUAAUAAACUAUUAUACAAAUAAUUUUAUGAUGGUGAGUUGGAUUUUAGCAUACAUUAAAUUGUAUUAGUAGUGGGUAAACUACCCACCUGGUAAACCAAGUUUUAUCCGUGGUAUAUCAGAAUAGCUUUGCAGAACAGCACAAAGUUGCAGGUUGAGUACUUGGAAGCUUUGAUGAGUUGGAAUUCCGAUGGAUGUGAAGUUCCUAGACUCCAGUUUCCAGAAACUCGAAACUUCAUAAACUGAGGAAUAAAGAUUUUCUGUAAUUGGUUGUUUCAUGAGAUGUAGAAAGUGUAAGUUUCUAGGAGAUUCAAUUGCUAAUGAAAUUUCAUUUUCUGGGAAACACGAAAGGUUGUUUGAUUAGGCAUGGAAGUAGUCUUAUCCAUGGGAAGCUUUACUUAGGAGAGGCUAAUAAAUUUUUUCACUUCCCAUGUUUUUUUUUUUCUUUCCAAGUCGUUGUGUUGCUACAUUUCUAACUGUAUGCAAAGUUUUUAGUUUUACUUUUGUGGUUUUUUUUUUCCGCUUUCAUGCAACAUAACCUAGAACGAUGGUUUUUGACCUGUGUGCUUUUAUCAUUUUCUAGAAUAAACGAUGCUGAUAUACUUUUACGUAGGAGGAUGACGGGAUUCUAAUAUCUUAAAAAAUUAACAUAAGUUCAGCAAAAUUAAGUUUAACUUACGCCUGCAUACAAGUUAAAUUCCGUAAAGGCAAGUUGAGCCUAAAUCAGGUCCAAUUAUGCAAACAUAAGUUAAGUUCAACAAAAGCAAGUUGAGCGUAAAUUAGGUGGGAUCCACGUCGUGUAUUGCCGAAUGAUCUUCUCUGUUGCUUCUUAGAAACAUGAUACAUGUGCUUAAUUUGUACCUUUUUGCUUGUCUUGAGUACUUGACUAGAAAUACACCAGCUUAGGUCACUGGUGACGUUUUAUGUCUUUGCAAUCUAUGGUGAUUGGUGAUGUUUUCUCAGAGAAUCUGCUAUUAAUUUAGAAUUCAGAUAUACUUGCUGAUAGUGGUAGGAAACUUAGAAACCGUCAACUCUAUAAGUGAUAUUUGAGCUUAAGAUGUUGUUACUUCCUUCAUUAUGGCUAAUUUUUCCUUUCGUAGUCUUACUCUUUAUCAACAAGUUUUUCUCCUCCCAAACACCAAAAACUUCCAGAUCUACAAACAUCAUAAUCCCAAAAUCUUACCCACUAAUUGGUCACUUGAUUGCCAUUUACAAGCACAGAAAUGAGAGGUUCCAAUGGUUCUCAACCCUUCUACUCAACUCCCGGACCGCCACUUUUGUCAUCGACCAUCCGUUUGGAUGUCGAAGCAUUGAUACCGCCAACCCCGCCAACGUGGAACACAUCGUCAAGACUCGGUUUCCCAUUUACCAAAAGGGCCCUAAUCAAAAAGCCAUUCUUCAAGACCUCUUAGGAGAUGGCAUAUUCAAUGUUGAUGGUGAGAUGUGGAAGUUUCAGAGGCAGAUUGCUAUCCAUGAAUUCAGCACCAAGUCUUUACGAAACUUUGUCGAGACUGUCGUUGAUACCGAGCUUUCAGAUAGGCUGAUCCCAAUCCUGUCUGAUGCUGCUAAGACUAGGACAGUACUUGAUCUGCAGGACAUACUUCAGAGGUUUGCAUUUGACAAUAUUUGCAAGAUUUCUUUUGGGUAUGACCCAGAAUACUUGUCACCCUCUUUACCACACUCUGAAUUUGCUGCUGCUUUUGAGGAUGCUGUGAUGAUCAGUAGUCAGAGAGCUAGAGCAUAUUUUCCAUACCUAUGGAAAAUUCGUAGGUUUCUCAAUAUUGGUUCAGAGAAAAAGCUUAAAGAAGCAGUUGCUGCUAUUCGAGGUUUCGCAAAUUCCAUAGUAAAACAGAAAAAACUUGGGAUUAUGAAGAAUUCAGAAACGGAGGAUUUACUGUCAAGGUUUUUAAAAUCAGGUCACUGUAAUGAAAAGUUUGUCACUGACAUCGUGAUCAGCUUUAUCCUUGCUGGCCGAGACACCACAUCAGCCGCUUUAACAUGGUUUUUCUGGCUUCUAUAUAAGAACAAACAUAUAGAAGAAGAGAUCCUAAGAGAGAUCAAUAAAAACAGGGGGAAACAGAGCAAUAAAACAGAGCAUUCCUCUGUUUUUGAAGAAGUAAAAGACAUGGUUUACAUCCAUGCUGCAUUAUGUGAGAGCAUGAGGCUGUAUCCACCAGUGCCUGUAGACGCGAAGCAGGCUGCUGCAGAUGACGUGUUGCCAGACGGCACACACGUAGUAAAGGGUAUGUGGGUAGCUUAUAUACCUUAUGUUAUGGGGAGAAUGGCAAGUAUAUGGGGCUCUGAUUGGGCUGAAUACAGGCCAGACCGUUGGCUGGAAGUAGUGAAGGAUGGAGACAAGACAGGAAAAGGGAAGUGGAAGUUUGUGCCAAAGGACCCGUAUUCAUACCCGGUUUUUCAAGCCGGAUCUCGAGUUUGUCUUGGGAAGGAGAUGGCAUUCUUGCAAAUGAAGAGGGUGGUUGGUGCUAUCUUGGAGAGGUUUCGGGUGGUUCCGGCGGUGGAAGAAGGUUUUGAGCCAGUUUAUGUUGCUACCUUGACAUCGAAAAUGCAAGGUGGUUUUGCUGUAAGGAUUGAAGAAAGGAAUGUAUAAAAUCUAUCAAGAAAGAAAAUAGGCAUAGUAUUGAUAAAUCGUUUCAAACAAAAUCAAAUCUACUUUAACUCUUUAACACCCUCUUUCUUUUCUUAUUUUCGAUCCCAUUUUUCGGCGUCUUGCGCACCACUUCCACAAGACUUUACCAACUAAGCUAGAUGACAUCCACAUAACAUGUUAAGUAGAAUAGCGAGCAACAACACGCAUAAUCUACUUAGUCUAGGGCUUGCUUUAAGGAGUGUAAAAAAGGUCGUUGGUGAAUACAACUUAAUUCAUAAACAAAAUGAGCUCAAACAAGAUAACUAUUGAAAACAUUGAGCUUCAA